CGAACUCAUCAGUGUUUCUUAUUCCUAAAACGACACAGGUCACACAUUGAACAUUACAGAGAAAAAAAUAACAAUUUCAUUUUUAUCCAGCAUCAAGCAAGAAGCAGAGAGAAGAGGGGAGCAGGGAGAGAAUGGCACUGUCAACAGUAACAUAUUCACCAACACAAAAAGGAAUAGUAAUUUCAAUUCCAACGUUGGUCCUUUCUGUUUCUGUAGGAGCAAUAAUGCUAUUCUUUCUCUUAUCUUCGCUCUCUACAUGUUCAUGCCCUUCUUCUUUGCAAAGCUUUAAUGAUAAUAACAAUGGUCGGGGUGGGCUUGGCGAGGUUGAUAAAAAAGAGAGAAUAUCUGCAACACAAGAGGAUAUUGAAUGGAUUAUGGAUCAGAUCCAAGCUAAUGGCUUACAUAUGCAAGAUAAUGUUCUUCGUAAAGGGAUUAAUCCCCGUACUAGAGCUCAACAAUUACAAGAUCUCAUUCAGUUCAAGGGCAUAUCACAUUAUGAAGGGCUAGUGUCAGAUAACCACACUGCUCUCCCAUGUCCUGGCGAGCUACUUGUGGAAGAGCACCAUAGCAACUAUGGGGAGCCCUGGGCUGGUGGACGCGAUGUGUUUGAGUUCCUUGCAGAGUCCAGCCACCUGUCACCCAAUUCACGUGUGCUAGAGAUUGGGUGUGGAACACUCCGUGUUGGCUUGCAUUUCAUUCGUUAUCUCGUCCCUGAGCACUUCCAUUGUCUUGAAAGAGACGAGCUCUCUCUGAUGGCUGCAUUCAGAUACGAGCUUCCCUCUCAGGGUCUUUUACACAAGCGUCCUCUGAUUGUGAAAGGUGAAGACAUGGAUUUCUCCAAGUUUGGUUCUGGAGUUGUGUAUGAUUUGAUAUAUGCUAGUGCUGUGUUUCUUCAUAUGCCUGAUAAGCUUGUCUGGGCUGGACUGGAGAGAUUAGUGGGCAUGCUGAAACCUUAUGAUGGCCUCAUCUUCGUGUCACAUAAUAUAAAGUUCUGUUCAAGACUUGGAGGUGAGGAAUGUACUAAGAGGUUGACCAGUCUGGGACUCGAGUAUAGUGGAAAGCACACACAUGAUAGCUUGCUGUUUAAUCACUAUGAAAUUUGGUUUGAAUUUAGGCGGUCUAAAGCUUAGAGCCCGCAGGACACUCUUUCUGGUUUAUUUGGAUACAAGAUGAAGCCUCCGUGAUUGUUGUAUACUAGUUUUGUUGCUCCUGAUCACUUCCUCUUCAACAUCCAGUUUAUAACAGUAAGAAGAAAGAAGGAUUGAUGACCUUGCAGGUUUUUGUUUGGAUUGAACUUCUCUCUGAGGAUGGAAUGGGAGACUUUCGAUGUAUGUUUUACGGAAAAAGAAAUGGAUGUAACUUUGAUUUAAGGAUUCAGAGCUGAUUUGAAAAGGUCCUUAAGGUUAUGAAAUUAAAUUAUGCAACGGGUUAGUCCAAAUUUGAAAUGCUAGCUAGAGGGCACACUUUCUUUUCAGACAUUCUAUGGCUUCUUGAUUACUAAAACUUGUAAUGUUAAUGCACAGUUUGUAGCUCUUGAGAAGGUCCUGAAACUGAAUGUAUCUAAUGAUUUAUCA